UUAAACAGAGAAGCGGAAUAUCCUUUGAUGAAUAAUUUUUAUUUCUGAUAUCCUUAACUAUGCACUGAUCCGUUGGUUUCUUGAACCAUGCGCCUGGACCCCUGCGACGAUGCGUUGGCUCGUUUUGUUUUUUGGGGGUGUCCUUGUGGCCCCAUUUGAAGUGAAUGCCCCUGAUAAACAUCUGCUGGCUCUCAGAGGUCAUUCAGCUGUUCUGGGCUGUGAAUUCACACCAGACCUUAACCUCUCCAACUUGGUGGUUACCUGGCAGCGAGAGGAGGACUCACAGGUCGUUCAUAGUUUCUAUUAUCAACAGGACCAAUUGGAGAGACAGAGUCCAGAAUACCAUAGUCGGACUUCACUGUUUGUUACAGAGCUUCAUAAGGGAAAUGCAUCUAUCAGAAUAGCAGCAGUUAGCUGGAAGGAUGCUGGCCGGUACCUGUGCAUAGUGAGCAAUACAAAGGGAACAGGAAGAGCCUCAAUGGAAGUGACUUAUGGAGCACUUUAUUCAGAGCCCAGAUUGAGUAUCCAUCUAAACUCAUCUGCAUUGACAGUGGAGUUUGAGACGGAGGGUUUUCCCAAGCCUGAGGUGAUCUGGGUGGAUGAACACGAUCAGACCCUCAGUUGCCCCCUGGAGCUCCUCAAGCACACAGAAGAUGGGCUUUAUUUAAUAAAAAGCAGAUAUGAAGUCAAGAAGCAAGUGGUUAAUGUAACAUUUACACUAAAGAACCACCUUCUGAACCAGAAUAUCCAUAGGCCGGUGACCUUCAGCUAUGAUGAGAACAUAAAAUCAAAUCCAGGUACUGCCACAGUUGUUGUCCUCUCGUUGGUUUGUAUUGUUCUGCUCAUUGGAGUUAUUUGGUUAACACUGGUGAGGCGAAAAAAGCUGGGAUCAACUGGUGCGACGAACCAUAACCAUCAAUGUAAUACUUGAGCAGUUCUUCAUGCAUGUUUCAACUUGCUGCGAUUCAAGGCUGAUACAUCACCUCACUGGCCGUGAUGACAACACAAGCGGUGAGGUGGUUUUCUGUCACAAUCAAUCGUUUGUAAAUUUCACAAGAAAGACUGAAUAAACAAUUUACACACAUUCCAACAAGUCAAUGACUCAGAUGGAGUCACAUCAGUGUACCGAAAGUCAUUUCUUUACAUUUGAAACAUAUUUAUUUGUAUGUUGUGUCAAAAAUGUUUCAUAUUAAAUAUAUAAUAUGUAAUUUAUUCCAUUUAUGUGCAGCUGUUCUUAUACCUAGAGUUAUAAAUCUUCUUUUUUAUCAUGUUUAUACUAAAGUGAAAUAUAAUUUUGUCAUGUACUUUUACAAAAUUCUAGGCUUUCUACACUGAAAUGUUAAUAAAUAUAAUUGAGGAGACAAGA